AUGUCAGAAGCGUUAUCUCCAGAUGCAAAAAAAUUAUAUCACGCGAAACUCGAGCGAGUUAUUUUCACUACCUACGAAACUUUAAAAUCAUGGAGAAAGUAUGAAAGCGAUUACAAUGCCUUGAAGACAACUUUGGAAGAUUUAUCUCAUGAGACAGAAUAUAGAAUCAUGCUUGUUCACACGAACGAAAUCUUGGCAAUGCUCGGUGAUAAUUGGUUUGCUGAACGUUCGACUAAACAAGCUGUUGAUAUAGUCGAUAGAAGACUGGAAAUGGUGAGGAAAACCAUAAAUGAUCUGGAAAUUCAACUUGAAAACCAAAAAACGAAGAUCGGUUUAACGUCUGAUGUAUUAAGAUUUGCAAACAUAGAAAAAGAGAUAAAUGAAGAAGGAUUACCUAUUAUAGAGAUACAAGAAACUGAAGAGAAUGAAGUGCAAAGUCGAAUAACAAAAGACAAAAAAGAUGAUUUAAAACCAAGUCUGAAACAAAUUGAUCAAUCACAAGCCAAAUCCGAUGAUACUAGUCUUUGGGAUAAAUUACUUGCUGAAGAAGAAGAUGAAUUAAGAGUUUCGGACUCGCUUUGCUCAUCGGAUUCUGAUGAUUCUCCAUGUCAUGACGAAGACGAUGAAGAUGCAUCAGAAUCAAGUGAGAAAAGCGAGUCCGAGAGUAAUGACGAAGACGAUGAAGAAGAAUGGGAGGAAACCGGUGUAUCUACACACGUGCCUACGAAAGCGAAACAGAUUGAGCAACCAAAUAUUCCAGUAAAAUCUACAGUCAUAGAAAAUGUGACUUCGCAGGAGGAAUAUGAUGCUGAAGUUUUAGAAGAUGAGAUAUGGAAAAAACAGAUCGCGUCAGAAUAUCAUCAAAAACGAGUUAAUUUUAUCGCUCAACAAGGAGGUCUCUCUUCAGAUGAAAGUCAAUUACCACAAUCAAGUGAGAGACCCAAGAAAGUCUCUAAGUUUAAAGCUGCUCGAUUGCAAUAG